AUGGUGUCUGAGCAGCAUGAGUGGCGCUGGCAGGAUGUUGCAGUUGUCCAAUUAUAUUCCCAUCCAGAUGCAGAUCUCCUUCAGCUCUGCUCGCACACCGUUGUGUCUUGCUCAAAACUCAAAGAAUUCUGUAUUAUUGAUGUGAAGCAGGUUCUGAGUGUCAUUGCAAUGAUUCCACACAAUCCAAGGCUACCUGCAGGAGUUAUGGAGGAAGAAGGACGGUUUUUCAUGCUUGAGAAGCACGGAUUAGAUCUUUCAAAUGUUGGAAUCACUAACAACAUUCUUGAUGAUGACAAUGACGGUGCAGAUGUAGAAUAA